UAAACUUUAAAAAAUUCAAGAAACGGAAAUAACUAAAAGUAAAUCGUGAUAAUUAAUUGUGAAAUCGCAGUAUUAUUAUUAGAAAUUGUGGUUGUGUUCUGGAUAGGAAAUCCAAUAAAGAAGAAAAAUAGAUCGUUUAUUUCAGACGAUAUCUAUAGGCAUGUCACUAUUUGCAUGUUGCGUCCGUCAGAAUAAUCGAGCGGAAGAAGCGCGUCAGCAAAUGCUAACAAAGGAUCCACCGGAAUUAUCAUGGGAGAACACGCUGGGUUCGCCCCAUGGAGUGCCUUUCGACGAUGAUACGAAGGAGUUGCUGAAAGAAUGCCUCGAUGUCUCGAUACUACCACCGACCAGUUUGGCGGAGCUAAUCAAGCGAAGCGAUGCAUUCCCUGUGAAGUUUCCAAUUAGCACUAUGAGAUGCGCCUCCCUGAAGGACAGGGGAAUCAGCGCAGAGACCAUUGAGUUAAACGCAAAUUCGACAUAUCCGCUAAUACACGAGGCGAUGUUACCCUUGAUUGCUGCAUGGUUGAAACACAAGCGUCUAUACGGUAGCGCUGUCGAGAAAGCCUUGUACAAAAACAUGAGCCUCAUCCAAUUCAUUCACCGCCUGCUGGAGAAGAGGGCUGUUUACUUUUAUGGUCCCAAUGAUCGAUGGAAAUUAAUCGACAACAAGACCGGCAUCAAUGGAUGGGAGACUGUUGGUACAAGCAAUGAGAAGGAGCCAUUGGUCCUAACAAAAUGCUUGAGCUACGAUGAGAUAAAAUUAUCGGCGAUGAUGGUGGUGUCGUCUCACACGGAGUUCAUAAACGACGGCUCGCGAAAGAAUAAAGGCAUCGUGAGCAGUGACCCAGACGCAGUCCAACCUCGUGGGGUUAUUAUGGGUGUCGUAGGCACAAGAUUCUCAAAGCCCCGAUUUAUGGAAUAUCAGGAUAUUCUUACCACGCCGUUGCAAAAUAAUGUGGAUAAUGGAUACGGACCCGCGAUAGACGGCAUGUCUGAAGAAAAACGUGGAAUGCAAGUUUUAUGGGCAAAGUUUUAUGGCGCGGAUUAUCAUCCACUCUAUGAGGAAAUCGUGAAACGUAUUAAAUCGAAAGACAACAGACGUUACCUGUCGUUAACCAGUCAGACUGUCUUCGAUAUCGAGAAUUACAUGAAGAGGACUUUGCUCUCUGUAGAAAUAAUAUUGCUCGAGGCGAACACUCGCGCCGAGAAGCAAAAUACGACCGCUUUCUUGCACGUGGUCGGCUUUGGUCUCGGUGUCUGGAAAAUAAUUCAGGAUCAAGAGAUAUAUUUUCUGAAAACAUUCGAGAUCGCCAUUAGAAAGAUGAAUAAGAAACUUAAGUAUGUUUCUGACAUCAUGUUCGCUUACUUCCAUCAGCAAAAAUGCGGCGACGCAAAAAAUGGCGAUUAUCUGGGCAAUAUAAAAAUUCAUUUUGCUCUGAGAGAACCACACAGCAGACUAUUUCGAGCUUCCGAUGCGAAUAAAUUGCUCAUUGUCACUUAUGCCUGGGAUGGAAACGCGUUGCCAGGAAACGAAUUCUGGAAUGGUUAUCUAGAAUCCAGCGGUGAUCCUGCGGCGGCGUGCAGCACCCAAAUAACUGAACUGCAUAAUUCCAGAAUCAAUCCACGUGCAUGCGGCGCCAGCUUGCAUGUCGCAUCCGCGGAGCAUGGAAUUCUGCACAUAUCAGAUUACGCAAAGCUUCAUCUUACUUAGGUAAUAUCCGAUACGUGUCUCUUUUCUCGACACCAGUCUUUGUUGGACAAAAGUCGAUUUUGUGAUCGUAAUCACGUGUGUGAAAUAAUAAAUGAUUUGAUAUUGAUCGCAUUCAGCGGACUCAACAGUUACUGGAUUUUCCGAUGUAAUUCGAUGCUGAUUGGCCGGAUCUGAAAAUAAAAACCAAUCACGUUUGAUUGCUACUUAGCGGUUGAGUCCGCUGAAUGCGGCCAUUGCUCUUAUACAGCUGCUCAUAGCUACUUUUGCAUAGGCGAAAAAUUGCGGAAAAUCGUUCUUCCUUUUAUCUUUUAAUUUUUUAAUAAAAUCAAUAAAAUAACUGAUAAUAUAUCGCAUGUAUUUACAAA